UUUCUAAUGAGGGUUGCCAUGUGCGCAGUCCGAAGGUUUUUGCCUCUUUUUGGUAGAUUGUAGAGUUUUUACCUAUGAAUGUUGUUUUAGUGGCGCAACUUUGAGUUUCCCAGACUCACAUUUGCACUUGUUGCAGCGAUUAGUGCACUCUAAAAAGUAACACUGCAUGUUUAAUUAAUUUAAUUUAACAUUUUUAUAUUUUUGGGCGCAGAGGCUUCACCAUCUGAAAAACCUGGACGAAUCACUACCUAACUUUGUUAUUAGUUAAAAUAUUGACUAAAUGGGGCGUGCUGUGGUGGCGUAAGCAAGCAGGUUCAAAAGUGAAAAAUUAGUUAAAUAAAAACUCAGACCACUUUCUCUCCCACCCUCCCCCAAAAAUGAAAAAUAUAUUGACAUUCCUGACUUUCAAAAGUUGCGACUUUUGAAGUUCAGAAAUGUCCAAGAUUUUUCUAGAACAUUUCUGAGAUGAGAGAAUUGUUGGCAGAGAUUUACUCUGUUUUUCUCUUUUUGUGUCUACAAUGGCCCCCAUAUUCUAGUGUUAUCAGUAGAACCAGAAAUGACCCAGAUUCACGCUAAUCUUAAGAAGUUCUCCUAUUUGAGUAUAAUUUCUGCCCGCCUCUGGUAGUCUAGUUUUCCAACAGGUGAAGAGAAAAUCCAGAUCUGGCAACUGGAUCCUCCCCCGGACUGAAGGAGGGACCAGUGGGACAGAACCCGGCUGAGCGCCGCCUUCAGCCAAACGCAUGAACUUCGUCACAUUUCAGUUUUUCCAGACAGUUUUAACUUUUCCCAGCCGCUCUCCCACCCCGUCCUGCGGCUCCUCCACCAUGUCCGUGUGGCUCACCGCUGCGGCCGGACUGGCCAUCCUGGCCCUCGCAUACAUCCGGACUUUCUGCCCGUACUUCAGGGAUGACUGCGCCUACACGCUGCGGUGCCUAAAGCUGGGCAUCAGGCUCAGCAAAUACAGGAAGUCCAAACCUUUCUACAGUAUCCUGGACUGCUUCUUGGACGCGGUGAAGAGGCAACCCAACAAGACCUUCAUCCACUUCGAGGGACGCUCAUUCAGCUACGGAGAGGCGGACCUGCAGAGCAACAAGGUGGCCCGGGCCCUGCAGGCUGAAGCCCGGCUGAAGGAGGGCGACACCGUGGCCCUGUUUCUGCCUAACGAGCCCAGCUUCGUGUGGACCUGGCUCGGUUUGGCCAAGCUGGGCUGCCCGGCGGCUCUGCUGAACUUCAACAUCAGAUCCAAGUCUCUGCUGCACUGCUUCUCCUGCUGCGGGGCCAAAGUGCUCAUUGCCGCUCCAGAGCUGCUGGAUGCGGUGGAGGAAGUUCUGCCGACGCUCAGGGAUCAGGGCAUCCGGGUGUUCCUCCUGUCGGACCGCUGCAGCGUUGAAGGCAUCACCGCUUUGUCUGACAAGAUCGCCGAAGCCUCCGACCGGCCGCUGCCUCCGGAGCUGCGGGCCAACAUCCACAUCCGCAGCACCGCGCUCUACAUCUACACAUCCGGCACCACCGGUUUGCCUAAAGCAGCUGUUGUCACCCAUGAGAGGGUGUGGGCCGCGUCCUUCGUCCAGGCAUCGAGUGGAACCACAGCAGACGACAUUUUCUAUAUCAACCUGCCUCUGUACCACAGCGCCGGCUUCCUCAUCGGGAUGACCGGAGGCAUCGAGAGAGGUCUCACUCUCGUUCUGAAGAAGAAGUUUUCAGCCUCUCAGUUCUGGGACGACUGCAGGAAGUACAACGUGACGGUGAUGCAGUACAUCGGCGAGACGCUGCGUUACCUCUGCAACAUGCCAAAGAAAGAAAACGAGAAGAACCACAAAGUUCGAAUCGCCAUCGGGAACGGAGUCCGAAGCGACGUGUGGAGCGAGUUCCUGAAUCGAUUCGGCGACAUUAAGGUCAGAGAGUUGUACGCCGCCACCGAGGGAAACAUCGGCUUCAUCAAUUACACGUCCAAGAUCGGAGCGGUGGGACGCAUUAACUUUCUGCACCAGAUUUUCUUUCCUUACACUUUGAUCAAGUUUGACAUCGAGAAGGAGGAGCCGGUCAGAAACUCGGAGGGUCUGUGCAUCAGAGCAGAAACCGGUGAAACUGGGCUUUUGGUUGGAAAAAUAACUCGGCGCUCUCCGUUUGUCGGCUACGCCGGCAACAAGCAGCAGACGGAGAAGAAGAGGCUUUACGACGUCCUGAAAAAAGGCGACAUGUACUUCAACACCGGCGACCUGCUUCGGUUCGACCACGAAAAGUUUGUUUAUUUUCAGGACCGAGUGGGAGACACGUUCAGGUGGAAAGGUGAAAACGUCGCCACGUCAGAGGUCGCAGACAUUCUCACUUUGGCUGCCUGCAUCUUAGAAGCAAAUGUUUACGGAGUUAAAGUGGAAGGUCACGAGGGUCGGAUUGGCAUGGCGGCCGUCACUUUGAAAGAAGGAGAAACCUUCGACUCUGCAGACGUCUACAAGCAAGUCGUCUCCUACCUGCCGGCCUACGCAAGACCCAGAUUCCUACGGGUUCAGCCGUCCCUGGAGAUGACGGGAACGUUCAAGAUGAAGAAGGUGAAGCUGGUGGAGGACGGAUUCAACCCCGCGCUCAUCAGCGACCCGCUUUACUUCCUGGACCCGGACCAGAAGAUGUACGUCCCUCUGACGGAGGAGAUCAACGGCGCCAUCGCUGCAGGAAAAAUUAAGCUCUAACAGAAACUUAACUCUGAAGUGAACUUUGUGUUUUAAUUGAAGACGUAAAUUUUUGCGUGGAGCGUAACAAUCGACUAAUCUCAGGGAGGAACUUUGCCGCAACACUUCUGAACUGAAGAGACUUUUUUAUUAACGCGUUUGCAGCUUUAGAUAUAAAUCAGUUUUUAAAUAAAUGGUGACGAUAUAAAAAUAUUCCCGUUUGCUUUUUUAAUCAGCAACUUUUCAUACAGAUGAAGCCAGAAGUUUACAUACCCCGUUUAUUCUCACUGAAGUUAAAUGAGACCAAAAUGAUCGGAAUGAACAAAAUUCAUUAAUUCAUCCUUAUUUCCAUUUGUUCAGCCUUAUUUCCUCCAUCCAUCCAUCCAUCCAUUUUCUAUACACCCUUCGUCCCUAAUGGGGUCGGGAGGGUUGCUGGUGCCCAUCCCCAGCUAACGUUCCGGGCGAGAGGCAGGGUUCACCCUGGACAGGUCGCCUUAUUUCCUUCUUUCCAUUUAUCUGUCCUUCCCUACAUUUCUUCAUCCUUUCUUUCCUUCUUUUCAUUUAUUUGUCUUUCUUUCCUUUCUUUCUUUUGUUAGUCCUUCCUUCCUUCAUUUGAGGCACGGCGGUGGCUGCAUGAUGCUUGGAGGGUUUUUUUCUUUGUCCUUCAGCAGUGAAACCAGAGGAUGUUUCUGCUAAACGCUCCAGCUGCUGUUUUACUGAGCUCCACCAGGUGUUUGCUAAUUGCUGCUGGCUAGUCUGAAGGAGCGGAGUGGAACUAAGAGUGGUUGCCAUGGCGAUCAAACAUGGAAACGUGCAUGACAGAAUCACAGCAACUCGCCAGGUAUGUUUUUGAUGAGGGAAUAACAUACUACAGUAAAACUAAAAAAAAAAUUGGUUAAUUUUACAUAAUUUUUCACAUUUAAAAUGCUGCUGUGAACUCAUUGUUAGUUUCAUUUUUUAUGUUGCGUAAUACUGCCCCUUUAAAUACCACGUAAAUAACAACGAUGUGAAAAACCUCACAGAAAGGCUGAAUUAAUCUGUCUUGAGUUUAAAAUGAAGUUUUUCAGUAUGAAAAAUCGUUUCUUGAUCUAUUCAUGUCAUUUAAAACAAAGAAAUAUAUGCUUACAACCUGGAAAUGUUGCAGGCGUUCACACAUGUCAUCUUGGUAAAUUAGAUAAAUAUUAAAUAUGUUUAUGUCAGCAAUUAAAUUCAAAAAGUGAAACUUUUUUAUGGACUCGUUAAAGCUGAUAAGCUUAAAAGAACAAAUCUGAAUAUUUCACAGACGAGAUAAAAAAAGAUUUUAAUACAGAAAUGUGAUCCAGAUAUAGUAAGGGACAGUUUAUAGAAUGUGAGGAGAAAGUUCAGUGGAAGGAAAAUGAGAAAUAAUUGUAAUAUUCCUUAUUUUAAUAACAAAGUUUCACUUAUUAAAUAUAAUUACUUAAACUACAUCCUGGAGAUGUGCAUAAAACACUAGAAUAAAACAACCCUUUACUUUAUAAAUGAAUUUAUUUAGUAAUACAGUGGUAUACUUAGAAAUGUGUUGCAAAGAAAAAAGAACCAAAACUGAACAGAAAUAAAAAUCAAAAUAAAUAAAAAGAACGUCGGCCACACGGGAAAAUAAAACUAGAGUUGGUUUGAAGCUGUGUUAUCAUAUCAAAAGAAAAAUAGUACUGAUGUGCCAUAAUAAAUCGUCUAUUAGUACAAAAAUACAUUUCAGGGCACACAAUACCGCAUCCAGUAUCACAAAUAAAGGAAGGGACCACUCUUCAAAGCAGCACCCCUCAAGUACAUCUUUUUAAAAUCAGUUAAACCAAGCACUUCUCUAGUUUGUAAAUAAGAAUAAAAAGUUUUCUGACAGUUAAAAAUGCCUUAAGUAGUGUAUCUGUCUGUGUGUAUAUGUUGGUAGAAAAGUUGGACUUAUUACUGCGUAUGUCAGUUCCAAGGCUCAGGGGUAUAACCAGAAUAUAAACAUAACCAAUGUAACCACUUCUUCCUCUUUUUUUUUUUUUUUU